AUGGCCCGCGUCACCGUCCUCGAGCAGGACCGCUCCCUGUUAAACCUGAUGACCAUCAUCCGGGACAAGAACACCAACGACCGUGCCUUUUCCUCGGCGGUGGAGAAAGUCGUGCACCGCUUGAUUUCCUCCGCUCUGAACCAUGUCCCUGCAGAGGAGUAUACUGUUACCACCCCGAUUGACACGACCUACAAGGGUCUGCGCUUCACGAAAGGCGUGUGUGGGGUGAGCAUCCUGCGGGCUGGGGCGAGCAUGGAGCAGGUUUUGCGGGAUACUUGGACUGGACCGCUAAGCUUCGGAAAGCUCCUCAUCCAGCGCGACGAGGAGACGAGCAUUGCCAAGAUCUAUUAUUCGAAGUUGCCGGCGAGGAUUUGUGAGGAUGUGGUCUUGCUCCUCGAGCCGAUGCUUGCGACGGGAGGGUCGGUCAUCAAGGCGGUCGAGACGCUGACCGAGCAUGGCGUGCCGGAGGAGUCCAUCGUGCUGGUCAAUGUGGUUUCAUCGCAGAAGGGUCUCGAUGUUGUUACUGGGCGGUUUCCCGGGUUGAAGAUUGUGUCCGCGGCGGUGGAUGCUGAUCUGACGGCGCAGAACUACAUUAGCCCUGGCUUGGGUGACUUUGGCGAUCGGUACUAUGGUACGUGCUGA